GUUCUUAAUAAAAGUUCCCAUUCUGGCCUAUUUGGUAGUACUGGACAUUGAUGGACAAAAGAACUUGAAAGUCAUCCGUAACUUCAACUUGUAACAGUGUGAGUGCACGAUGGGAAACAACCUUUGAAUUUCCAGCCUUAUAGGUCGUACCAUUAACACCUCAUCUGGAUGUGUUCUCAUGGUAUGGGAUGAAUGUAUGUAUGAAAUGGUUCAAGGAGAUUGUUAGCUCUACUUGACCCGGGAGAUCGAGGGGUCGUGUGUAAGGGGAUGUGCCCAGCCGCAUCCCUGACAGUAUUCCUGGGGCUAUCCCUUCCCGAGCUCCCUGCGCGCUGCUGAAGCGCGUAGUUGGGAAGGAGCGUGUGGAAAGUGAAGAAGAGGUGAAGCGGCGGCUGAGGACAGAUGUGGCCUCUCGGUUGCCCCAUGAGGUGCUCCGGCUGUGGCUGUAGCCUGGUGGGCAGGCACUCGCCCGGCCUGGGGUGACCCAGUCGCCCGUCCCUGUGAUGUGACACGGCAGCCUGGCUCGCCCUGCCGGAGACACCGCAGGGACACCGAGGGCUGCACCUCCCGGGACAGCGGGGCGAGAUGCCUUUUGAUUGCAAGACUGCUGAAAUGCUUUGAGGGCUGCAUCUCCUUUCCUAACCAUGAACAGUUCAAAAUCACCAGGACUGGCUGGAUUUGGAGUCUUGAAAAACACAACGUGCCACACGGAGAAAAAGAUUUCAGUUUUCUUCUCAAUAAUCUUCAUGACGGUGGGAAUUUUGUCCAACAGUCUUGCAAUAGUAAUUCUCAUGAAGGCAUACCAGAGGUUCAGACAGAAAUCAAAAGCCUCCUUUUUGCUUCUUGCCAGUGGUUUGGUUGUCACCGAUCUCUUUGGUCACCUCAUCAAUGGAGCCAUUGCCGUGUUUGUGUAUGCCUCAGAUAAAGACUGGAUUCGGUUUAACCAGUCCAACAUUCUGUGCAGUGUUUUUGGCAUCUGCAUGGUUUUCUUUGGUUUGUGCCCACUCUUCCUGGGCAGUGUGAUGGCUGUUGAACGGUGCAUUGGAGUCACUAAGCCAAUAUUUCACUCUACAAAAAUGACUUCUAGACAUGUGAAAAUGAUGUUGACUAUGGUAUGUCUGUUUGCUGUUCUUAUAGCUUUGCUGCCUAUUCUUAGGUUUAGAGCCUACCAAAUUCAAGCAUCGAGGACCUGGUGCUUCUAUAAAACAGAACAUGUUGAGGACUGGGAAGACAGAUUUUAUCUCUUACUUUUUUCUUGCCUUGGGUUCCUGGCCCUUGCUAUUUCAUUCCUGUGCAAUGCUGUCACAGGAAUUACCCUCUUAAGAGUCAAAUUUAAAAGUCAACAAAGACAAGGCAGAUCUCAUCAUUUUGAAAUGAUCAUUCAGCUCUUGGCUAUAAUGUGUGUUUCUUGCAUUUGCUGGAGCCCAUUCCUGGUGACCAUGGCCAGAAUCGGGAUUGCCGAGGGCCGCUUGAAGGACACGUGUGAAACGAUCCUUUUCGCUCUCCGCAUGGCCACGUGGAAUCAGAUUCUGGAUCCCUGGGUGUACAUUCUUCUCCGGAAGGCUGUUCUCAGAAACCUCUACAAGAUCACGAGCGGGUGUUGUGGCGUGCACGUCAUAAACUUGCACAUGUGGGAGCUCAGCUCCAUCAAGAAUUCUCUGAAGGUUGCAGCAAUAUCAGAGUCACCAGGAAGUUCCAAACAGAUAAACCUCCAGCCUCUCAGCUCUAUGGGACAAUAAAGUUUAACUCAGUCGAUGAAGAGAUGAUGGAGGCAACACUCCUACAUGGGCAGUACCUUAAAAUGAGUUCCAAGGCUCAGUGGUUUGGCAUUUGUUUUAAAUUGUGAGUGGUUUGCUAUUGUUGCUUACCAGUUUGAUAUUGCUACUCCAAAAGAUGCCCUUGAAUGUUUUAAUUCACUUCAGUACAUGGAAGGGAAGAAUAUCGAUGACUUGUAACACUCCCCACCACACCUUUCACCUUAACAGGCAUUUUAAAAGUGCAGAAGUGAUCUCCAGGGUGAUUUUUAAAAGGGGUAGGUUUUUUCCUACCAGAGAUGCUGUCAAAUCCAUUGCAGAGUCACUGUUAAAGUCAAGCAUCCUUUCCAUCCUUAUUCUACCCAAUAAGGGUAUUCUGUGCUUCUAGGCAUUGAAUUUACCAAUUGUAUAUAUAAAAGACAUUUUGCUUGUGCCCAUUUUAUUACAUGAUCCACUGUGCUUGGUUCAUUGACUUGAUCUCUUAAUUAUUUACUGUUCCAUGAAUUUUUGGGAGAGCUGCGAACUCUGCAUCAGUGUUAGUGUUCCUUUCAAAUCACUGACAAAACCUGAGGUUCCCUUUGGGACCAGAGCAGCAGAUGAGCUCAGCUUCCUUAUAGUUAUGUUUUGAGGUGUAUUGGUGAGCUUUUAGUCCUCUCAGCAAAUUCUGUUGAAACUAACAGGCAUAAAGCAGUGGUUAGUCUGUGAAAACAGUGGUUUCCCCCUCCCUCCCGAACUGAAGGAUGGUUCUGGAAGCGUUCCCUGGUCACACCUUGCGUGUUGUGAAAAUGUGUGUGUGACCACAUGAGCACCUCUGCAGGGAACUGCUUUUGGAGCAGGGUUUAGUUUGUGAAAGCAAACUGAAUGCUCAGUUUUUGCAGGGUCUGUGUCUGAAGAGCUGAGAGCAUUCAAUAACUUGGAGGUACCAGAAAAUUUUCAGGACAGCUUCACACCGAAGGCCCUUCACCUUUAAUGCUGCUAAAAGAAGCUUUGGUUUUUGUGACUGUAUGCUGUUCAGAAGCCAAAAAUGAGAGAUAUUGUUUUAAGAUAGGUCUAUGUUACUUUUACCUACUUGACUUCAAAUAACUACAUUAGUGAAGUGUUGGUAUAUUUGAACAAAGUAGUUGAAUCAGAUUCACUAAGAAGACAGUCUAAGGGACCAAAACUAUUCACAGAGUACAAAUUCAUAUUGUAUGUGAGAAUAGUUUGUAAGUUAGAAAAUAAAAACCCAAAAGGUUUAAAUAUUUCUCUUUUUUUCUUUUUUAAUUUUUUAAAGCUAUUUCCUUUUUGUUUUAAAAAGGUUGAAAAAUAAGUGGGUUAAAUAACCCUGUACUAAAAUGGCUUUAUUUACCCAAGAGAAUUUAUGUAUGUGAUUUUUUUCUCAGUCAUAGGGCUGAUAAAUGGUGGACAGAUUUGAUGAUGGUAUAAGUUCUGCACUAUUGCUUCAUGUGAGUUCUGCUGAAAUCUGGAAGCAUUCAGUCAGUGCUCAACUUGGCUUUUUCAUUUCGUAGAAUGUGAUGUCAGUGUAUCUGUUGACAUAAAUUAUUUGUUCCCUAUGGAAGAUUGUUGUUUUAGCAGCUGCAAAAUAAUGUUGGUCCGUAAAUUGUUGAGAUAUUUGAUUGGUGAAUGAAGCUUGAAAAUGUUCCAUUUUGUUGUGUGAAUAAAUAAAUGUAGCUUGUGUUGUUCACUCUGGUUGGCUUGUAAAACAAUAAAGCAAAGUUUAUAUGUAUAUGUGAGUUCUUAUAUUUUGUGUACUGAUACACAUUGAAUGUAAAUUGCAAAGCCUCAUUAAAGUUACCAAACUGUAUCCUGA